GACAACUGGAUUUGAAUUGGAUGGAUUCCAAUCUGGGGACGGCGCUGUAGCACAGUAUUUCGUUGAUCAACAUGAAGUUGAUCCUGAUAUGAUAACAGUGAUGGGUGGUAGUCAUGGUGGUUUCAUUUCUGGACACCUUAUUGGAAAAUAUCCGGAUUUUUAUAAAUCUUGUAUCUUGUUAAAUCCAGUAUUAAAUAUUGGAGGAAUGGUAGCAGUAACUGACAUUCCAGAUUGGUGCUUUGCAGAACUAGGCCUACCAUACUCUCAAUCUAAGCCAUCAAUUCUCAAACCGUCAGACUAUACCAAGAUGUAUGAAAAUUCACCAAUUUCAAAUAUAGAUAAAGUGAAAACGCCAACUUUAUUACUUCUUGGUGAAAAUGAUAAAAGAGUACCACACGUUGAUGGAUUGGCAUGGUGGUACUAUUUGAAAGGACAGGGCAAGGUAGAGAUACAUUGUAAGAUGUAUAAAGAGACCGGGCAUUCAUUGGAUAGCGUUGAAGCUGAAAUUCAAAGCGUUGAUGCUAUUACUAAAUUUUUAAAAGAAAAGAUCGGAUUGUGA